UCAUUCACCACGAAAGACAGUUACAUGUUCACUAGUCCGCUUCUUCUGCGGUUGUAAAUAAAACCUUGGGCAAUGUAUAAUAAUGCUUCGCAACGGCCAAAAUCAAGCGCAAUUUCUGGUCCGGAGUCUUGGGCAGCUGGCGCGGGGAAUGGCCAGUGUGAGAAAGACCACCAGUAAGCAGGAGAAGACGAAAACAAAACUGCCAAAGCGUCCGACCAUUGAGAUGCCGUUAGAAGAGCCCUUAAAUGCCAAUUAUUUGGCUAAAAAUUUAGGUAGCAGUUAUCGGGCCUGGGCGACUGCUCUGGAAAAGCACCCCGAAUUGAAGACUGUAAAGCGGAAGGACCUCCAUAACUCCUACGAAACGCUAAAAUCUCUGGAGUACAGCGUUGAUGACAUCCUAGGAAAGCCCAUGAUCAUCUACUAUGGGGCCACCACGCUAGCCAAUCGCCACAGUGUCCUGCAGGAGUGCGGUUUUGAUAACAUUACGAUCCAGACGUUGGCAAAAUAUGUCACGGUGGUCAACAAACCCAUAAAAGUUCUCAAGGCCCAUAGAUACAUACCCUUUGAUUUAAAAGUGGCGGAGCGCCUGGCGGAAUUGUUUACAGAUAUUAAACUGCCAGUGGAUUUGCGAGAGCUGGAUAGCGAAAGCAUUACAUUAAAGAGCCUGAGGCAAUCCCUGCUAAACGCUUACCUGCGCGAACGCCUUCAGAUGGACGACAGUGAUCUCCAAAAGCUGUGGCGCGUAUACUCCCGCAUCCGCCACAAGAGUUUUCGCGCCGUGCAGGACACCGUAGAACUACUGACCAAUGAGCUGCAUUUUCCUGCCGAGCGGCUGAGGAAAAACAGCUUUUUGCUUUAUUCUGAGGCGGAUAACGUGAGACGUAUCCUGAAGGAGAUACCUACCAUUGACUCGCAGGACAUUCGGGAAAUCGGUUUCCGACGACCCAAGAUUUUGAUGUCCACCUGCGAUAGCUUGAAACAAACUCUGCAGUAUGUGAACUCCUUUGGAAUCAGUGAGGAUGCCGUCCUGCGCUGCCUGGAGGUGCUUACCCUUGGCCCGGAUACGGUGCUGGAGCGACUGAGGGAUCUGCAGGAGAUUGAGGAGUUUCAGGUGCUAGGCACCAACCCGCGAGUGCUACGACUGGUGCACUACCAAAAUAAGGCGCGACUGCGUCUGGAUUACCUUAAUCAAUUGAAAGUUCGCUGCGCCUCCCUACACAUCCUUUCAUGCGGCUCCGAGGCGUUUGCAAAAUUUGCCAGAGAUGGUUCGGAUCGCACCAAAGGUCGCGAUAUCGUAGUCUACUUGGGAAAUGUUUUAUCCAAGGAUGUGCAAGUGCUUCGCAAUCUGCUCUCCCGCCAUCCCAACUGGUGCCACAUACCUCUGCUGCAUGUUAAACAGUGCCUGGAGUACCUCCGUAGCAAGAAGUUUAAGCUGAAUGAGAUCUUUGCCAACAUCCACUUGCUUCUUUAUCCCAUAAAACGCAUUGAGGAGAAGAUGCUUUUGUUGCAAUCUCCGGAUGCCCAGGAAGAAUUGCAGUUGCCUGUGGCGGAUUUUAAUUCACUUAGUAACAACGAGAUUCUGACUCUCAUCCUUUACCUUAUCGAAUCAGAAUUUCACUUCACUGGUGACGGCAUCUGGACGGAGCAGCACACACAUCAUGUAGAGAACUUCAAUAAUCUUCUCCCCGAUUUCCCCGAGAGCCUCAACAAGGUUUACAAAUACGGAGUGAAGCCUGCCGAUAAGCUGGUCAUGCAGCAUUUGUAGGCACUACUUAUAAAUUUGUAUAAAGAUUGUUAUUAGAAUUUAAAAAUAUUUUUGAAUCCAACUUUAAA